GAUAGCUAAGAUAAAAUAUAUGCAUAUGCUUGGUGACCAUCUCAGCAGAUUAAAUAUUAGUCAGGGGUUCUUAAGCCAUUGCCAAAUGUGAAAUAUGCCAAUCAUGUUGUUAUCUGCCAUAUUUUUCCACCGGCCAAAUUCCUCCUCAGCUAAGUACGGCCACCUUUACAGAACAAGCUUCAAAGGGGUGUGUGUGUCUGGAAUCCUCACAUUCACCUGGCCAUUGACACCUGUCCUCAGGUGUGUUGCCUUGGCACCCACCGGGCUCAUCAGCAAGCGAGGUGGUGGAUACCUGGCGUGAUUGGGUCCAUGUCACUCCAUCCAAGCCCAGCCUCCACCUCCAGCAGAGGCUCCGAGUGCGAGCCGUGAGCCCAGGGGUUUUUCCCCACGGACUGAAGGGGAACCAACAGCCAUCAGGGGCUCUGGCAAGGGUGGGUGACUUUUCGGACAGCAUCUUCCAGAAUCCACCAGCCCAGGAAAGUCACUUUUCCAUUCUUUGGUGGAAAAGUCAGCAAAAAUCGUCAGAGCCUGUCUAAAGACAAACAAACCUAAAACGUGCAAGGUGGAAAGACCAUUGGAGGGUCCCUAAUUAAUCUACGCAACUCCCUGCUACAAGAUGUGGUGCAGGAGGCACCAGCCCCUUGGAUCUCGUGCGAGGCGCCCUCGAAUCGCUCGCCCCGAUGUGGUUCCUGGAGAAGAUGCGGGCAGCGCCCGGAGAGGCCGGCCCGCUCAGCCCCUUAUCGCUGGGCUCCCCUCCUGCGGCCGAUAAAGCCGCCUCGCCGGGCGCCGCCUUCGCCAACGUCUUGACCCCGGACCGGAUCCCGGAAUUCUGCAUCCCUCCCCGGCUGGCCAGCCCGGCUCCGGCCAAGAGCCCCGGCUCGGCCUUCCUGCCCCACCGCUGCCUCACCGAGCCGGGCCUGCAGUGCGCCGCCCACGGGCCCCCGGGACUGGUGCUGCCCCACCUCAUCCAGGUGGAGAGCGUGGAGGAGAGCUCGGGCGCCGAAAGAGGAGGAGGAGGAGGCGGCGAGGGAGACGGCGGCACCACCAACGCCGACCCCCAGUCCCAGGCGGCGCUCUCUCUGCCCCACGUCCCGAAAGCCCAGACCUCCUACGGCUUCUGCACCUUGCUGGAGAGCCCCCACACCCGGAGGAAAGAGUCCAUCUUCCACCGGGAUGCUCCGGGCGGCGGCGGCGGUUCUUCUCCCCUGCCGGGCUCCCGCCGGCCCCGAUCCAGAGCCAGCAGCUACAGCUGCGGCCGAGAGCUGGCCCCCAGCCCGCCCGGCGCGAGUCCCUCCUUCCCGGCCCGGGCCGGCUCCGGGGGCCCCAUGGCCCGGGCCCACUCGCUGUCGGCCGAGGAGGGCAGCUCCACCGACAGCAGCCCCAACUCCGUCCGGCGGUCCUCGGAGAGCCUCUUCGACGCCUCUUCCCGGCGGCGCCUGCCGGGCAGGGCCGGCUCCGGGGGCCCCAUGGCCCGGGCCCACUCGCUGUCGGCCGAGGAGGGCAGCUCCACCGACAGCAGCCCCAACUCCGUCCGGCGGUCCUCGGAGAGCCUCUUCGACGCCUCUUCCCGGGCCUACAGCCUCUCCCCUCUGCCCAUCUUCCCCCUCGACCUGCCCUGCGGGGUUGGCCGGGAGAGGCUGGGCCACGAGAGCACCGUGCCCAUGGACAAAGGGGGGCUGCUCCGGCUCUCCUCGGAGUACUGCCCGGAGAACAGGCGGCUCCGCAUCCGCCUCAUCAGCGUGGAGGGCCUCUACGGGGGCGCCUCCUCCUCCUCCUCGGAGCCCAAGAACAUCAACUGCUGCAUCACCUUCUCCCUCCUGCCGGGGAAGCUCCAGAAGCAGCGCAGUACAGUCAUCAAGCGCAGCCGGAACCCCAUCUUUAACGAGGACUUUUUCUUCCUCGGCAUCUCCGAGGACGACCUUUACAGCCUCUCCGUCCGGAUGAAGGCAGUGAACAAAGGGUGCAGCAUGAAGCGGGACCUCGUCUUGGGGGAAAGCCACGUGGACCUGAUGACCCUUCUCGCGUCCUAGAAGGCGCUAGGUGUACGGCCCGGAGGGUGCUGUUUAUUUAUUGAUGGAUCUUUGUCUUUUGUGGUUGCACCUAACAGUGUGUGUAUGUGUGUGUAUGCACAAUGUGCAGAAAUAAUGUGUAUGUUAUUAUUUUUUA